AUGACGGAGCCAGAGGCUGAAUAUUCUUCUACAGUUAAAUCAUCGCCUGAUGUAUCAGAGCUUAUAACAUCCAUAUCAUCUCCUACAGUCAAACUACUGCUUGACGAACCAGAGAUUGUAGCAUCCAUUGAAACUGGAUAUGAAAAAUUACUAAGUGUUACCCGUCUAGGUGACGAAGAGAUCUGGACACGUGGGAAUGAUACCGUCAUGAAUUUGUACAAUCUCCAGGGUAAAAUGCUGAAAUCAGUCCUUACCAAAUCAGGGGAGUGGCCUCAUGAUAUUGCAGUGAUGCAAACUGGAGAAUUGGUUUAUACUGACCCUAACACAAGAAGUGUAAACGUGGUGAGGAACGAGCUGUCAGAGGAGGUAAUAAAAUUGGAGGACUGGGAACCUAACGGCAUUUGUAUUACUUUCUCUGGUGAACUCCUGGUUACCAUGUUCAGUGAUGAUGCUCAAUCAAAAACCGUUCGUUACUCUGGAUCCACAGAAAAGCAAACCCUUCAAUUUGAUGACCAAGGUAAACCAUACUUUUCAUCUGGUGGCCUGAAACACAUUACGGAGAGCAAGAAUUUGGACAUGAUUGUGUCUGACUAUAGAGCUAAAGCAGUAUUUGUGUUUAGUACAAAGGGAAAGCUCCGAUUUAUAUACACUGGAAAUCCCAAUGUCACCGAGGAAUCAUUUAACCCUCUUGACAUUGCUACAGAUAGCCAGUGCCAUAUUCUUAUAGUAGAUUUUAUACACAACUGCAUCCACAUCCUUGAUCAGAAAGGAAUCUUCCUCCGUUACCUUGAUAGUUGUGAUUUUAAGUAUCCAAUGGGAAUAUUUGUAGACACUAAAGAUUAUCUCUAUGUGGCUGAGCUUGCUGGAAGAGUAAAGAAAAUUAAGUACAUGCAAUGA